UUUUGACUGUUAAAAUGGAAACAAGUGAUAGCGGGGAAUUACCAGACGAUGGAAAUCAGUCAGCUGCCUCCACAGAGAGACGACGAAAACGAGAUUCCAGGAAUUGUAUAGAUCCUCCCAGCUUGGACCCUGAGAAUGAAACAUCUGGUUUCAGUAAGUUAAGAAAGACACACACACCACUGACAUACUCUGAUCCACCACUGGCAAACAUGGAUCCACCACUGACUCACUCUGACUAUACGACAGGGGACAAGUCUGAAUCGGACUCGAGCAGCUCUGAUGAGAGAGAAGUGAGUGACCCUGUGAGUACCUGGGAAUAUAAAGACCUGCUGGACUUAAACAUCCGUUACCCAGAGAAACCUGAACCGAUAGAAAACUUUAUCCAGGAAAUCAAGGACACCUUCAGAAACCGGAAGGGUUUCUGUCUGGAUUGCA